AAAACUGUUGGGCUUUGUGGUAAACAGAACAUAGCAUUACAAGGCCACCACGAUGACUCGUCACACAUAGAUGAAGCUUCAGGCAACUCAGGAAACUUUCAAGCACUGCUGAAUUUCAGAGUGGAAGAUGGCAAUAAAGCGCUAGCAACUCAUUUUGCCAACAGCCCAAGAAAUGCAACAUACCGCUCUAAGACGAUCCAAAAUGAAAUCAUAGAAGUGUUAGGCACUUACAUCCAAGACAAGAUCGUUGCAGAGAUCAAUGAAGCAGGUGCAUUUUCCCUACUGGCAGAUGAGGCAAGUGACAGCAGUAACGAGGAACAACUACCACUCAUUCAGGUUUGUCGACAAAGAAAGAAAUUCAGAGAAGAAUUCGUUGGGUUCUACGAGUGUCAAGACGUCGUCACUGGUCAAGCUAUAGCCACUCUUGUAAUGAAGGCCGUUCAAGACCUUGGCUUGUCUAUGGAUUACUGCAAGGGACAGUGUUAUAACGGUGCAGGCAAUAUGUCAGGACCUUGUAAUGGUGCAGCAGCCAUUGUCAGAAGGCAAUAUCCAAAGGCUAUAUACACUCAUUGUAUGGCUCACCGUCUAAACCUCUCUGUUGUGAGUGCGGGCAAGAUUCAGAAUGUUCAAAAUAUGUUUGAUACCAUUGGAGAGGUAACUAGAUCCUUUGAGUACUCCCCGAAGAAAGAAGCUCUCCUUGUCCAGAAAGUGAAAGACAUCUGUCCUGAAUCCCGCCAUCACAAGCUCCUCGAUGUUUGUAAGACCCGCUGGAUUCAGGGUAUAGAUGGUUUGGAGGUCUUCCUGGAGCUUUAUGAAGCCAUCAUUGCAACACUGGAAACCAUCAAAGCAAAUGCAGAAAGAAGUUGGAAUGCAGAUUCAACUAAGAAAGCAGUUAGCCAUUACCAUGUUAUCACUAAUUUUGACUUCCUUGUUACUUUAACAGUCUGCCAGGCAGUUCUAGCAUUCGUUAAGGGGCUAACAGUUAAGAUGCAAGGCACAUCCAGUGACAUACUGGGCGUUUUUAGUGACACUAGAGAUGUAGUUAAAACAUUAUCUUCUGUGCGCCAAAAGGUACAAGACAACCAUUUAAAAUGGUUUCAAGAAGCAUGCCAAAUUGCCGAGAAGCUGGGCAUCACAGUGCAAAAACCAAGAACCUGUCAGGUACAGCGCAACCUUGCAAACAACUGUGCUGAAACAAUAGAAGACCACUAUAGAAGAAAUCUAAUGAUUCCCUUGGUUGAUCAUCUGAUCAAUGAGCUGGAAAAUCAAUUUGGCAGUGGUGACCAAGAAACAGCAGUGCAGUGCCUAUUUGCUGUUCCAUCAAUGCUACUGGCAUCAAAAGAAACAUGUAUGACGUCCUUUAGCCGGUUUUCCACGUUCCAUGAAGAUUCGUUGCCCUCACCUUUGAGCCUUGAAGCCGAGAUGACUUUAUGGCAAAGAAAGUGGGAGCGACAAGAUCCCAAGACUGUCCCAACAACUGCAUCAGCAACUUUGACGGAGAUCGACCAUACAAUGUAUCCUAACAUCACAGAGUGCCUCAAAAUAUUUUCCGCCUUACCAGUCGCUACAUGCGAGUGUGAAAGGAAUGUGUCAGCUUUGAGGCGACUGAAAACAUAUUUACGGAGCACAAUGUUACAGAUGAGAUUGACAGGAUUUGCCUUGCUGCACAUUCAUUACAACAUGGACAUUGACUUUGACGAAAUAAUUCAUAGAUUUGCAAGGCUUCAUCCAAGGAGAAUGGAACUGGCAAAUAUAUUGUCUGACUGACUCAAAAAGCCAGAAAAGUGUACUUUAGGUAGUUAAAAUUGAAAAAAUUUCCCAGGGAAGCAUGCCCUGGGACCCCCCGAGGAGCUUGUGCCUUCGCUGCUCAUUUUGCAGUAAAUCGGUCAACAUUUUUCCUAGAUCCGUGCCUGAUACACGUUUUCAACUGAUGUUAAUUACGUGUAUAUAUUGGUUCACUUAUGUCUGAGCUGCACUGUACGUGCAAUUUUACGAUAAUCUUGUGCAUUCUUUAAUAGCAAUACAGUGUUUCAUGGUCUAAUGAAGCAUAUAAAAUUUAUUAAGCAUGCUGUAACUGACUGGUCUACUCUCAAAAUCGGAAGUAAAAUGUUCAAGUGCUUGCUUACAAUUGCAUUCGCUAAAUUUACUUAAAGUACAAUUGUUGACUUACAUGCAAGAAAAGUAAACGAAAUGUACCGUUCUGCUGGUUUCUGUGUCUAUGUAAAUCCGAGUUGGGGAAUCAAAAUAUUUCCACCCAUGAGCCACUUAAAACUUACCUGGAAAAGGCAUUUACCCAAAAACAACAUUUAUUUAAACGAUAUUUAAUUAAAGCUGUUAAGUGAUCGCGUUACUUGAGUGAAACACUUCUCAUAAUAGGAGUUUGUUUGUCACUAAAAGUCAAUUUGAACAAAUUCACACGACAAAACACGAUAAGAUAUCA